CAGUGGGGAUGAUCCAUGUGACUGGAUAUGUGGGGAGAGAGGUUAAUAUCUCCUGCUCUUAUGAACAGAGUUAUGUAUCUCAUGAGAAGUACCUAUGUAAGAACGACUGUGGCAACAGUGAUGUUCUCAUUACAACAUCACAAGCAAGCAAAACCAAAUACUCAAUUUAUGAUGACAUCAGUGCACGAAUCUUCACAACAACUAUCUUUGAUCUUCAAUAUACGGAUGCUGGAAAAUACUGGUGUGGGGUGAUGAGACUUGUAGCAGACAUCUACACUGAAGUCAAGCUGAAAUUAGUACAAGACAGCUGCUGUGACACUGUGACCAAAGUUCAAAGUUAUGAGGGAUACUCUGUGUCUGUCAGUUGUCGGUAUGAGUCUCAGUACCAGAACAGUCUGAAGUACAUCUGCAGAGGAAAUCGGCCCUCCACAUGUCUGCAGCAGGCACUGAUCACCUCUGACACCAAACAAAAUGCACGAUUCAGACUUGAUGAUGACAAAGUGUCAGGAACAUUCACAGUGAACAUUAACAGUUUGACUCAUAAUGAUUCAGGGUCAUACCUCUGUGGUGUCCACAGAAACUCUGAGCUGGAUGUUUUCUCUGCUGUUGAGCUGGAAGUUGAAGAGUGGUGCUGUGUCAAAUCAACUAAAAUAAAUGGUACUGCAGGACAUCCACUAACUCUGCAGUGUCCUUAUCCUCCACAACAUUGGGAUAACAGGAAGUUCCUCUGUAAGGGAGACCACCGCAACAAUUGCUCAGACAUGAUGACGAGUCGAAGCAGGUUCACACUGCAAGAUGCUGCUGCUUCCAGCUCUUUCACAGUGAGGAUCACAGAACUGGAAGCAGCUGAUGGUGGGACAUACUGGUGUGGGUCAGACUCACAGUGGAGAGUUGGAAACUACACGAAGAUUGAGCUGUCAGUCUUUUUGCAGCACACCAGAAAAAUCCCAGAUGCAGCACUCUAUGUAGUUUACACUGUACCUCCUGUCCUGCUACUGAUGUGUCUCCUAGUUACUGUUUAUAAGAACAGAAGCUCAAGAGUUAAUGAAGCCGAUGACACCAUGAUCAGAAAUACACCCAAGGAAAAAAACAUAGAGGAAGUGAUGGGGGCUGCAGAAAGUGGAAUUUAUAAAAAUCAAGAAGUUGUGAUGACAUACGUACAGCAAAAAGUCUGCAAAGAUGGAGGUGGAGAUGAAGGCGUCUAUGAAAUCAUGACCACAAUCGCAACAGAAGACAUCUACUGUAAUGAAAAUUUCCAUAAAGCCAACAGAAGAUAAAAGAGUUUGUAUCUGUCAUCCAUAUCUUUUCUUUCAUUAGUAUUGCUUAAAGUGUUCAUAAAAAUAUUUGCUCUUUUUCUAUAAACUGUGGAAACCCCUAAAUUUAAAUGAUCAACAUAAGUGUAAAGUGAAAAAACAUCUAUUUUUGGUAAAAAUAUGUCAGUUUUUGGUUGGGUGGUUGGUUUGUUUGUUCGUAUGGUAAUGCUGUUUACUUAAGAUGUGCAAAAAAAAUGUACUUUUACAAAGCAACUGAUCAGAUGUGUUUUUCAUUAGAACAUAAGUUUUUGCCGUAAUCAACAAAUGCUGACUCGGUCGGUUAUUCAAACCAGCCCAGUCUUUUCUAUUGAAGCAUCAGUUCUUGGAGUGUGGCACUGACCCCUGCAGGUGAUGUGUUAGUGUAACUCUGAAUACAGUAAUUAUGGAGCAUAGAUAUACUGCACAAGACUUCAGAUUGUAUCACUCAUUAAUUUGAAAUGGACUGGUCUUCAUGUAUGUUAAUUGCAAAACCUGCUUUUUAAUUCACUGUUUUAGACUGUUUUUUAUACUGUCAAUGUUUUGUAUACCUAUGAUAUGACAGAGGAUGCAGUGUGGCAGAGAGGUUAUAAAUAUUUUAAUAAGAACAUGUACAACAUAAAUUGUUUAAACUUUGUAUUUUCCAGGAUAACCUUUUUUGACUUUCCAGAUGUAUGCUUAUUUUCUUAAUGACCUGUCACAGGAUGUUAAGAAAAAAGAAACGGUCGCUGUCCAAACUUAGUGCCUUUGUUUCUCUUUUUAAAAAAGUAACUUGUGAAUGUUUCUUUGGGCUUUUUAUACAUUACUCAAAAAA